CAAGACCAGAGAUGCGCUCCUCUGGACCCAGCUGCACACUGAUGGAGACGGGUUCUGGGAACUUUAGAUGAAGGAAGCGAAAGGGGGCGUGGGCGAGGAGAACCGACACACUGGCCUUUGGACCUUCUGGUCUGGCUCCCCUCUCCCGAAUGGCAAAAAUGAGGAAGUCAGGGGGGCUUAAGAGGAGGGGACAGGGAGUAGAUACACCCCAGAGGAGGAGGAGAGCGGACCUGCCCCGUAUCCAGCCCCUUCCUCGCGCAAGCCUUCCGAUCCCUUCCCCGCUCCAGUCGGGGAAACGGGAGAUCCCAGCUUAGAGCCUCCUGGGCUUUGGCACACGGACACCGGCAGGACUCUGGUCGCGUAGGUGACCCCCACUCGGGAUCUCCAGGAUCUCGUGUCUUCCAACUCUGGCCAUUGCUGCGCAAGGAGUUCCAGACGCAGCCCCGGUAGCCCCAGCGUUGGUCCAAACAUGUCUAUACAGUAUGAAAAGUUACAGCAUUCGGAGACAGAGAAGCAAAGCCAGGGGUCUAGAAACGGGCCGCCUCCGCCUCUCCACCACCUGCAGCAGCUCUGCUCUGGCCCCCGGCCCUUCCUGCUCUCCCUGGGCAUCAGCCUCCUCCUGCUGGUUGGCAUCUGUGUGAUCGGAUCCCAGAAUUCCAAGUGUCAGAGGGACCUGGUGACCCUGGGAGGCACUUUCAGCAACUUCACCUCAAGCACUGUGGCCAAGCUCCAGGCCCUGAACGCCCAGGGCGGCAGUUUGCAAGAAACGACAACGUCUCUGAAAGCCGAGGUGGAAAAUCACAAGCAGGAGCUGCAAGCAGCCCGCAGCCUGAACGACAAGGUGUUCGCCCUGGAGAGCAAGCUGGAGAAGGACCAGCGGCAGCUGCAAGCAGAUCAUUCCGAUACCCUCGCUCGAGUCCAGCAGCUGGCCAAGGACCUGAGGACCCUGACCUGCCAGGUGGCCGCUCUCAAGAGCAACGGCUCUCAAAGUACGUGCUGCCCGGUCAACUGGCUGGAGUUCGAGGGCAGCUGCUACUGGUUCUCGCGCUCCGGGAAGACCUGGCCGGAGGCCGAGAAACACUGCCGGCUGGAGAACGCGCACCUGGUGGUCGUCAACUCCAGGGAGGAGGAGAACUUUGUGCAGGAACAUAUAGGCUCCUUACACGCCUGGAUGGGCCUCAGUGAUGCCGAAGGAGCCUGGAAAUGGGUGGAUGGGACGGACUAUGAGACCAACUUCAAGAACUGGAGGCCGGGCCAGCCGGACGACUGGCAUGGGCACGGGCUGGGCGGGGGCGAGGACUGUGCCCACUUCUACCCCGACGGCUGGAACGAUGAUGUCUGCCAAAGACCCUACCGCUGGGUGUGCGAGGCCCGCCUGGGCGUGGCCGGCUAGCGCGGUGGCCGAGCGCUGCCCGCGGGCCACCCGGCCACCAAGCUGCAGGGAGUGGGAGGGGGCCUUCCCCUGAGACCCCUGAUAGGACCCCAUGGGACAGGACUGAGCCCUGGGAGUUUGGGUCACUGCCACCAUUUUGAAUGUUACCCUCCUUGGUGUUCAAAAGACCAUCUAGACUUCC